AUGGUGGAAGAGGCCCCUGUAUCGCUAUCGCCCUCGACCGUUCGCCCGGAGUCACGCCCGACGAUUCGCGCCGUCCCCUCUAACGAUUCCCUCGCUGUGCGACGCCCCUCCGCCAUUCGUUCGGUCUCACUGCCCACUGACAAUGCGCCACCGGAACCCAAUGGCCGAUUGCUGAGUACGAGUGCCUCCCCAGGCUUCGACGAUCGUCCCGCCACCGCGGUCGCGGGGCAGGACAACGCCAGACACGAGGGGAAUCUGAGACCUUUCACAUCCUCGGGCAAUGAAAGCCGGUCAAGAUUCUCUGAGGAUGGUCGAUUUGGCGACAACGCGCCUUCUUUGCGCAGUGUCCCAAGUAUCGUUCUCAACGACGGGAGCGCUCGCCCAAGCUCGCGCCCGGGGUCUCGACCAGGAUCGCGCUGGUCGGAGCGGAAAUGGGGCGGAUUGAGAAAGAGGUCGGCCGAAUUGGAACGGAAGAUGAGCAUGGAAGAGACCCCUCCAGUGCCCCAGAUUGAACCAUCCUUCAGUGGGAUCAGCUUGGACAUUCCUUCGGCCUCCCUAAACGGAUUGGAUAAGACAAUGAAAUUCUCACACCGCGGCAGUCUCAUUCGAGACCAAUCAAAUCGGCCGCGCCCUGGAAAAAGGCUAGAGAAGCGAAUGGAAUCUCCCUCUGAGCAGGAACAGGAACAAGAACAGGACCCCGAGCCGCAGUCGGAGACUCAGUCAAUCCAACAAGAUGUCGAGAUAUCACCUGAACCAACCCCCUCGACCGGCACAAAUGACACCGACACCAGUCUGCCAAAGCCGACCCCACGCCCCCAGAAACCACAGGGUACCCUUCGCCCUCGACAGACCAGUCUUCAGAGUAGAGCCAUCUCUGCCGACGAGGAUAUGCUCUCCCGGAGAGUUCGAUUGAUGUAUGAUAGAGGAGAUGACAAAGUAACUGACUCCGACGUUGCAAAAUCGAUCGCUGCGGACAACGGUGUUCUUUGGGAGGAGGGUGCUACUUCAGAUGUAGAAACCGCUUCUACCCCCGGACCCCAAGCACCGGAACCCGAGUCUAAAGGUCGAGCCUCAGAAGAAGUCAAGCGGACGAGAAUGAAACGGGAGACCCAGGAGCUCGCAGGUGGCAUUGAAUACUGGCAAAAUGUUGGCGCUGAAGACGUGGAUCGCUACGGCUUCAUUCAUUUUCCCCCAAAGAAUGGAGCCGCGCCUCAUCCGAUCCAAAGGGUCACCACGAGCCUCUUAAUUGCCUCCGAGUCACCGCGUCGCAAACGUUCUAUUCGGCCAUCGAGCAAUCGAUCUUCUAGUGCUCGGUCGCCUACCCGCAAUCUCUCUACAAGCUCUGCAACAGCUCGCCCGUCUUCCUCGGCUAGUACAAUCAGUGCGCCGAUCCGGCGUUCAACAUCUCGUCUACGCUCCGCAACCAAUCACCUGCCCCACAACAGAGAUCGCAAGUUUACGGACGAGGCCGCUGACAUGCUCACUGUCCCAGAUGGGAAUACUGGCGAUGGACAAGACGCUGCGGCCGCGCGUGCGAUGCGGAGAAAGGAGUGGGAACGUGAGGACAAGUGGACCAAAAUGGCCAAACCUACGAAAAAAGGUCGCGAUGGUGGAGGCAUGAAGUUUGAAUUUGAUACGCAGAGUAGCAAACUCAUCGAGCGAACAUGGAAAGGAAUCCCAGACCGCUGGCGUGGAACGGCUUGGUAUUCGUUCCUCGAGGCGAGUGCUAAGCGACAUCCUAACAGUCCAUCUGAAGAAGAGCUCAUUGAUGCAUUUCACGAAUUACAAUAUGUUUCUUCGCCGGACGAUGUUCAAAUUGAUAUCGACGUGCCACGUACCAUCUCCAGCCACAUCAUGUUUCGUCGACGAUACCGUGGUGGGCAGAGGCUUCUCUUCCGGGUGCUUCAUGCCAUGUCGUUAUAUUAUCCCGAUACCGGUUACGUGCAAGGCAUGGCAGCUCUUGCUGCCACACUCUUAGCGUAUUAUGACGAGGAGCAUGCUUUUGUCAUGAUCGCCCGGCUCUGGCAGCUUCGCGGUUUGGAACAGCUCUAUAAAUCUGGAUUUGCGGGGCUUAUGGAGGCUUUGGAAGAUUUUGAACGAGAAUGGCUGGCUGGCGGUGAAGUGGCCUCAAAGCUGAACGAAGUGGGAAUUCCACCCACAGCCUAUGGCAGACCUGCGACCGCUUCUGCAAAAGGCCCGAAGAAAAACCCCGGCACCUUUGGACAGGGCCUGGACGUGCUCCACGCCACCUCUGCUGCUCUCAUAGAUGGCAUGCGCGAUAUAAUUUUGGAAUCCGACUUUGAGAACAUAAUGAAAGUUCUGACUAGUUGGGUUCCCAUCAAGGACACCGAACUCUUCAUGAGGGUAGCAAAGGCCGAAUGGAAGGUCCAUCGUCGCCGAAAAUUGCCCACCCAUUGA